AUGUCUUCAUACUACCAAUUCAACCAGCACGCGCAUCCUACCCCCGCCGUCCCUGGCGCUUCUCACAACCACCAUGGCGGCCGGAAUCGCAGGCAGCCCAGGCUCUCCGUCUCCCAGAACGCCCACAAGCAGUUCCGUGGUGUUCGCAGCAUGAAGGAGUUGACCGAGUCCGCUUCCAUCAAUGCUUUCCGUUCCAAGUUCGAGGCUGGUCGCUCGUUCGAUCUGGAAGACGACAUGGAGUUCUGCCCUGGUCUGUUGACUGACAGCGACAUGAACUCGAUCCACAGCGCUUCUGAACGCUCUUCGCUGGCAAGCAACUCUCCGGAGUCGUCGCCGACGCAGCAGCCCCAGACUGUCGCUCCCGGAUUUUCUCUCAACUCUUCCUCUCCUGCCUUCAUUCCUCCCGCCUACCAGCAGAGCAUGAAGCUCCACCAGCCUUCCGCUACCCGCGCCCGCAACGCCAUCCCCAUUGUCAACCCUGCCACGGGCAUCACCAUGUCUAGCCCGCCGCCUUCGGUUUCCCCCGCCAGGAUGCAGCAGGGUAUGGGCCGCAGGUGGUAA